UAGGUCUGACGUAUAGAUAUAUGGGCUCACAUAUGAUUUUGCACAAGUCUAAGAUAUAAGAUAUGGUUGAUGCAUAUAAUAAACCAGCUCAGGUCCUACUAAAGAAGACACCAUCUGUAUGUACCAUGGCUGAAUUUAUCAAAGCCUUCAUUAAUGCCUGUGUUCCAAGUAGAGAUGCUAAAGCAGUUGAAGAGGCAUUUCUGACUAAGAGUAUCGUCAUGUCCAAGAGGAAGCAAAACAAGAAGAAGGCUCAGGUGCGACUCCGGAAGGGGUCACUAACGUCUCGGAGCAGAAGAGAGCUGGGCCUCCAUAAACUGAGCAGGACUGGGCUCAAGUUUGACAACUACCUGCCACUUAACGACAUGUGGUCUCAGUAUAUGAGACACUACCUCAAUCUAGAUGUCCUCUUGGGGCAGGGGUUCCGCGCCGAGCCGUGGGACAGCCGCACCGAGCACUGCCUGCUGCAGGUCUGCCGGGCCGACUACCACGGCGCCCUGCUGCGCGUGCUGCGCUCCCGUUGUGCCUCGUACCGGGGCGUGUCCGGCCUCGUGCUGCUGGAGACGCGCGGCACCUUCCAGCUCAUCACACCUGACAACCGUCUCAAACUCAUACCGAAGGAGCACAGUAUAUUCGAGACGAGCGUGAAUGGGUUCAAGAUCCGGCUGUUUGGAAACAACCUGCUAAGGCGUCCAGUGGGCCGCGGCAUGAAAAAGCUCAAGGCGAAGAAAACUAUUGAGUUGUGAUGAUUGUUGUCUGUCUCAACAAAAAGCAGCGUGUUUCACAUGCUUUGUCCUCUCCCAGGGUCCCUUGCAAUUCAUUUUCUUGAUCCUUGUGUUGAAGGAUUUCUGGAUCCGUGCAGCGCUUCACGCGUGGUAUGAUGUUACUGUUGUGUGAUAUGUCGGUAAUCGGAUGGAUAUCCAUUGCUUCGUGCUCAGUCGAGCGCUCGGUCUCAGUACGUCGGGACAUUCGUUCCGUUUCUAACAGAAUACAUGGUGAAAAUCC